AUGGCGGAUCAAGAUCAAGGAGCUGUUACUCUCUACAGCGGAACGGCGAUAACCGACGCGGCGAAGAAAAACCAUCCGUUCUCCGUCAAAGUCGGAUUAGCUCAGGUGCUUCGCGGCGGCGCCAUUGUCGAGGUCUCAUCUGUAAACCAGGCGAAGAUCGCUGAAUCGGCCGGUGCAUGCUCUGUAAUCGUCUCAGAUCCGGUUCGAUCUCGAUCCGGAGUCCGUCGUAUGCCGGAUCCGGUUCUCGUCAAAGAGGUGAAACGAGCUGUGUCUGUUCCGGUGAUGGCACGAGCUCGCGUCGGUCAUUUCGUCGAGGCUCAGAUCUUGGAGUCUCUCGCCGUCGAUUACAUCGACGAGAGCGAGAUCAUCGCCGUCGCGGACGAGGAUAAUUUCAUCAACAAACAUAAUUUCCGAUCUCCGUUCAUAUGUGGUUGCAGGGAUACAGGAGAAGCUUUGAGGCGAAUCAGAGAAGGUGCAGCGAUGAUCAGGAUCCAAGGAGAUCUGACCGGAACAGGUAACAUUUCAGAGACUGUGAGGAACGUUAGGUCAUUGAUGGGUGAAGUUAGAGUGUUGAACAACAUGGACGAUGAUGAGGUUUUCGCUUUCGCUAAGAAGUUAUCUGCACCGUACGAUCUUGUGGCUCAGACGAAGCAGAUGGGAAGAGUUCCGGUUGUGCAGUUUGCGUCAGGUGGGAUUACGACUCCGGCUGAUGCAGCGUUGAUGAUGCAGCUAGGUUGUGAUGGGGUUUUCGUUGGCUCUGAGGUUUUUGAUGGUUCGGAUCCGUUUAAGAAAGUUAGGAGCAUUGUUCAAGCGGUUCAACAUUACAAUGAUCCUCAUGUUUUGGCUGAGAUGAGUUCUGGGUUAGAGAGUGCAAUGGAAGGUUUAAGUGUUCGUGGUGAUAGGAUUCAAGAUUUUAGCCAAGGUACUAGUAGUAGUGUUUGA